CUGACUGACAGUAUAAAGAGGAUUUUCUGUCUGUCACUCAGUGAGAGGCUAAACUCAAGCCAGUGUCCCCACCUCACUGAUCCCAGCUCUGUUCUUCAGCCUGCACUCACUCAGCAGAUCGAGCCUCUCCGGACUGAGCUGCAGGAAACACAAAGGUCCUUCGCUGCCUCCACUCUUCAGACAAAACACCGGUAAUAACCAAGACCACGGAAUCAUGGCAAACUCUUUUACCCGUAUAAUGUCUGGGCGUAACACGGCUGUGAUUUUGGCCAGCAUUGGCGCUGGCACACUGGCAUCUGGAUACAUCUUCAGUGACAACACGGCCGCUGCUGCUGCUGCUGCUGAGAGAACAAGGCUUUAUCCACCCAGCGCUGAUUUCCCUGACCUGAGGAAGCACAACAACUGCAUGGCAGCAGCCCUGACCCCAACCAUUUAUGGACGCCUGAGGGACAAGACAACCCCCAACAACUGGACCCUGGACCAGUGCAUCCAAACCGGUGUGGACAACCCUGGACACCCCUUCAUCAAGACUGUGGGCAUGGUAGCUGGAGAUGAGGAGAGCUACGAGGUGUUUGCUGAGCUCUUUGACCCUGUUAUCAAGGAUAGACACAAUGGAUACGACCCUCGCACAAUGAAGCAUCCCACUGACCUGGAUGCUUCCAAGAUCACCUCAGGAAUGUUUGAUGAGCGCUACGUGCUGUCAACUCGUGUCCGUACUGGUCGUAGCAUUCGUGGGCUGAGUCUUCCACCUGCCUGCUCGCGCUCUGAGCGCCGUGAGGUGGAGCGUGUGGUUGUGACAGCUCUGGCUGGCUUGAAGGGAGACCUGACUGGUCGCUACUACAGCCUGGGAGAGAUGUCUGACAGAGAGCAGAAACAGCUUAUUGAUGAGCACUUCCUGUUUGAUAAACCUGUGUCACCUCUGCUCACCGCAGCUGGGAUGGCCAGAGAUUGGCCUGAUGCUCGUGGCAUCUGGCACAACAAUGAGAAGAACUUCUUAAUCUGGAUCAAUGAGGAGGACCACACACGGAUCAUAUCCAUGGAGAAAGGAGGAAACAUGAAGAGAGUGUUUGAAAGGUUCUGCAGAGGUCUUAAACAGGUGGAGCAUCUAAUUCAGGAGAGAGGCUGGGAGUUCAUGUGGAAUGACCGUCUGGGCUACAUCCUCACUUGCCCCUCUAACCUUGGCACUGGGCUCAGGGCUGGUGUGCAUAUCCGCUUGCCCAUCCUCAGCAGGGACCCUCGCUUUAAAAAGAUCCUGGAUAACCUGAGGCUACAGAAGAGAGGCACAGGAGGCGUUGACACGGCCGCCACUGGAGACACCGUGGACGUUUCUAACCUUGACCGUCUUGGCAAGUCAGAGGUUGAGCUGGUACAAUUAGUGAUUGAUGGCGUAAAUUACCUGAUUGACUGUGAGAAGAGACUGGAGAGGGGGCAGGACAUCAAGAUCCCCUCCCCCAUUUCUCCAUUCAGGAAGUGAACGUCACCUCUGCUGGGAAUCCUGGAAUAGAGCAGGCGCUCCAACCACUGGUUCUUAAACUGUUGGUCUUACAAGAUAUUCAUGGCAUGUAUACUGUAGCACUGUACUGACUAAACAUGCACAAUAAAUUCAUUACAUGUACACAAAUUCUA